UCGCGCAACAACCCCGAGAGCCAUUUGAAAAAGAUAUUCGAGUGUAUAAAGGGGGUCGUUUUCAUGGGGACGCUAUAUGUGGGCAGCUAGAUAGCGGACUGGGCGAGACUGCCUACCUCGGCUUUAGGGAUAGUCAAGUCCGCCAGCACGAAGCUGCUCAAGAUUUUAGAGACAGAUGAUUAGCUGUUGGAGUCGGUCCAAGUUCGGUUCUUGAGUAUGAUUCGAGACUUACAAAAAGGUAAUCGACAGCUAGAGGUGACCUGCUUCUUUAAGGAGCUCCCACUCCCGGUGGUAGGAAAGGUGGUGUCGAAGGAGUCGGCCACGUUUGCCGGAUACAAUCCGAUCAGCAUCCACGCCAACUAUAGUGACAUGGUCCGGUUUGCCUCUCCGGACGAGACGGGUUUUAAGCGAGUGCUGGGAGAGCUCACGCGAUGG